UUUCCUGGCUAAGCGUGGUGUGAGGGAGGACAUAACAACAUUUGAGGUGAGGAACAUCACCCCUGAGAUUCGCCAGAGUGUGGAAGAACUGCUCAACAGGAACAAGGCCUCCUUCGAUCCCAAGAAUGCAAAGCGUGCGAGUGCAGCAGCUGCUCCCCUGGCCGCCUGGGUCAAAGCCAACAUCCAAUACUCCCACGUCCUAGAGAGGAUCCAGCCACUGGAGAGAGAGCAGGCCGGACUACUGGAAAACAUGAGGAAAACGGAGAGCAGGAAGAAUAAGCUGGAGAACCAGCUUAACUCUGUCGGAGCCAAAGUCAACGAGCUGAAAGAGAAGUUUCAGUGUCACACUACAGAGGCGGCUAAGUUGGAGGCUGAGGUAACAAAAGCUCAGGACACGAUCACUGCCGCCCAGCAGCUCCUAUCACAACUGGAAGGAGAACACACACGGUGGAACGCACAGAUGUCUGAGAUAAAGAAUGAGUUGGAAACGCUCCCUAUGAGGGCCAUGCUUGCUGCAGCCUUCAUCACCUACCUCUCUGCAGCAUCUGAAGACCGCAGGAGACACUGUCAAGAGACAUGGAUGGCUCAAUCCGGACUACAAAAGUUUGACUUGCGUUCAUUCCUGUGCUCGGAGAGUGAGCAGCUGAUCUGGAAGGGUCAAGGGUUGCCAUCUGAUGACCUCUCCAUGGAGAAUGCACUGGUCAUAUUACAGAUCAAUGCACUCAAGCUACGGCUCCAAAUUGUAGGUCCCCGAUAUGUCGUCCAGAUAGGAGAAAAGGUCAUCGAUUACAAUGAGGACUUCCGUCUCUUCCUGGCAACACGUAAUCCGGCCCCCUUCAUCCCCCCCGAUGCCGUUUCUGUGGUUACAGAGGUCAACUUCACUACCACUAGGGCAGGCUUGCGAGGACAGCUGCUGGCCUUGACCAUCCAGCAGGAGAAGCCAGAAUUGGAGACGGAAAAAACCCGACUGCUACAACAAGAGGAAGACAAGAAGAUACAGCUGGCUCAGUUGGAGGAAUCCCUCUUAGAGACCCUGGCUACAUCUCAGGGUAAUAUCCUGGAGAACAGGGAGCUGAUCGACAGUCUGAACCAGACCAAGGCGAGCAGUGCGCUGAUCCAGGAGUCACUGCUGGAGUCACACAGGCUGCAGGCAUCCCUGGACCAGGAGCGGGAUGCCUACCUUCCUCUUGCGGAGAGUGCCAGCAAGAUGUAUUUUGUCAUCACAGACCUGUCAAGGAUCAACAACAUGUACCGCUUCAGCCUCGCUUCCUUUCUGCGCCUCUUCCAAAGGGCUCUUCAGGCCAAGAAGGAAGCAGAGACUACUGAGGCCAGGAUCUCUGCUUUGGACGCCAGCUUGAAGAAUAUGGUGUAUGAGUACGUGUGCCGGUCUCUUUUCAAGGCUGACCAGUUGAUGUUUGCUAUGCACUUUGUGAAAGGCAUGUACCCUGAACUCUUCCAGGAGAGUGAAUGGGAUGUCUUCACUGGAUCCAUUGUAGGAGAAAUGUUUAAGAAAGAGGAGUUCCCUUCUUGGAUUGAUCAGGAGAGACAAGGAGCCGUGGCCAUUUUUAAAACUACAUUCCCGGCCCUUUACCAGUCGCUAAGUUUGAGUGACUCAGACCUUUGGCUGUCCUUCUCGCAGAGCUCGCAGUGUGAGCAGGAAAUCCCAUCCUCCAUUGCCAAGAAGAUUACUUCCUUCCAGCAGCUGUUAUUGGUUCAGGCAGUCAGACCAGACCGACUGCAGAGUACUAUGGCAGCGUUUGCCACCCAGGCCCUGGGUAUGAAGGAGCUCUCCCCCCCUCCUCUGAACCUCCGCCGUCUCUACGCUGAGACAUUAGAAUUGGAGCCUGUGUUGAUCACCAUCUCUCCAGGGGCAGACCCGUCCCAGGAGCUCGCGGAACUGGCAGUUGAAACCGUGGGCAGGGAAAACUAUCACGAGAUCUCCAUGGGUCAGGGCCAGGCUGAUGUGGCCUUAGCGACACUCAGAGAAAGUUCCCGAAAUGGAGAAUGGCUUUGCCUGAAAAACCUUCACCUCGUCACUUCAUGGCUACCGCUCCUGGAAAAAGUAAGUGCUCUGUUUCUGAGAUCCUGUGUGUG